GGGAGUCGCGUCCGCCAGGCCUCACAUCCUCGGGAGGCGGAGGCCCGCCCGCCCGUCCGGUCGCGGCGUCUCCCUGCGCCGACUGCCUGGCCUGGCCUGGCCGUCGUCCGCCGCGGCCUUCGCUUCCCGCCUUCCUGCGUUCCCGCGGUCCUCGGGCCGCGGCGGCCGCAGCUUCCCCUUUCGCCCUUCUUGGCGCCCUUUGCCCCUUCCCGCCUUUUCCCGCCCUGCGAGCCGCAUUCCUCUCCGCUUGCCUCCCGUCACUCGGCUCGCGUCCUCCGCGCCGCGGCUCCACUCCAGCCUCCUCCCCGGGUCCGUGGUUGGCCGGGCGAGCAGGGUCAAAGCCGUGACAGCUCCCGGCUUGGGGGCGUCCCCAGGUUCGGACCUUUCCCCGCCGAUCCUGUUUAACCGCGACAGAUUCAAGUUUGUAUUAACAGGAACAUCCAUAGGAGUGCAGAAACUUUCACAAUGAAAUCUGAAGCCAAGGAUGGAGAGGAGGAGAGUCUACAAACUGCCUUCAAGAAAUUAAGAGUGGACGCAUCAGGAGGGCCACAGCUCAACUCUCAGCACCCAUGCCAUAGCUGUAACUGUAGCUCCAAGGAGAUCCUGUGCCUCUGGCCUCUGCACACAGCUAUACUCAAAAGCACAUACCUUGUUCCCAGGUCCGUCCUGUCUCUGUCUGUCGGAGAAGGCACAAGUGUCAGAGCAUCAGUCAGAACAGCAACAGAUGACACCAAACCUAAAACCACAUGUGCGUCUAAAGACAGUUGGCACGGGUCUACAAGGAAGUCUUCACGAGGAGCAGUGAGAACCCAGCGUCGUCGACGCUCUAAGUCUCCUGUCCUUCAUCCUCCCAAGUUCAUACAUUGCAGCAAGACAACAUCUCCUCCCAGCAGCCAGCUCAAGCACAGAAGCCAGACUGAGCCACCUGACAGCAGUAGUGGGCUGGGAAUUUCAAGCCCCAAAGAGUUCAACACAGGAGAGACCUCUACUUCUCUUGAUGUUAAUCACACGGGGGCAGGCAUUGAGCCUCUGAGAAGUUCAGUUCCAAGGCUCACACCAGAGAGUAAAACAGAAGAGCCCUCUGAUGCUACUACCCAAGUCUCCCCAGAAAGUCUUAAGGCCAGCAAUCUCUCUGACUUUCGAUCUGUUUCCAAGCUAAGCCAGGGCAAGCCGUGUGUGUGUGUAGGCAAGGAGUGCCAGUGCAAGAGAUGGCAUGAUAUGGAAGUGUAUUCCUUUUCAGGUCUGCAGAGUGUCCCUCCUUUGGCCCCAGAACGAAGAUCACUUGAGGACUACUCCCCAUCACUGCACACCAGAACUCUGUCUGGCUCCCCUCGAUCCUGUUCCGAGCAAGCUCGUGUCUAUGUGGAUGAUGUGACCAUUGAGGACCUAUCAGGCUACAUGGAAUAUUACUUGUAUAUCCCUAAGAAAAUGUCCCACAUGGCAGAGAUGAUGUACACCUGAUAACGAGAAGCUGAUUCGUAUGCUUUAAACCAAUGAAGGGUUGUCAGAGGCUUAGUUAACAGCAGACCUACCUGGUGGCCACUCUGUGAGAAGACAUCUCUUUCUGCUCACUGUGCUUGCAAUAAAAACUUCUCUUGGCAUCUCAGUUAAUCUUCAUUCUGUCAGUUUACUGAGUUCUUAUGUACCCAUUAAGGCAAGCAGGUCAAAGAAAAUGUCUCCUAAAAAUGUUCUGAGGGCUGAAGAAACCAUAAUGACUGGAGAUUGAAAGCAGUGGGGAGUGUGUAAUUCUUGUAAGACAGCAUAUUUCAGACCUGCUUAAGAUAUGGCAGUCAAGAAACUCCAGUGUGCUAUUGUAACUGAACACUCAUGUUGUAAAUGCCAGCCCACCAGUAGGAGAGCUUUUAAGACGCAUUGAAACUGUCUUUGGUUUAACACGGGUUUAUGUCAUUAAAGGUUUCUUAUGUUAUUGUUGAGUCAGAGAUCUAAGGUUUAGAUUCAGUUUGAAUGAACCAGGUGGCCUGCCCCAUAUUGUUUGAGGGAGUCAAUAACCUUACUAUCACUAAAUAAACCCCCGCUGGUGCUGUUA